GGAGCACCUAGCGCGAAGAGGAGCACCCUAGCCCGUAAGAGGGAGCACCUUAGCGCCGAAGGAGCACCUAGCGCCGAAGAGGGAGCACCUAGCGCCGAAGAGGCUGCCAGUGCCGAGGAAGCAACAACUAGCGCAGACGAAGCAGCAGCUACGGACGAAGUCUCUCCCGAAGCGGCGGCGGCGGCGCCGGAGGAGGAGCUGGGGCUGGAGGACCUGGAGGUGCCGGCCGACCUGCGGCCGCGCGACCACCUGGGCGCGCUGCUGCGCCUCGACGAGCCCUGGGCGGAGCGCGAGCUGCUGCAAGCGCGAGCCGCAGACUCCGCGCUCAAGGAGCUCAAGCGCCUCUACGACAACGCCAUCAAGCCGCUCGAGACGCUCUACAAAUACCGAGACCUCAGCAACAGGCACUUCGGAGAUCCCGAGAUCUUCUCGAAGCCGCUCGUGGUGUUCAUGGGCCCGUGGAGCGGCGGCAAGUCCACCAUCGUCAACUACUUGCUGGACAACGAGUGGUCGCCGUGGGCGCUGCGCUCGGGCGCGGAGCCGUCGCCCGCCUACUUCAACCUGGUGACUUGGGGCGAGCGCUCAGAGGUGGUGGACGGCACGCAGCUCGCCGCCGACUGGACCUUCUCGGGCCUGCAGAAGUUCGGCCAGGGCUUGCUCGACCGCCUGCGCGGCCUGCGCCUCAACGUGCCGCUGCUGCAGAAGGUAAACAUCGUGGAGAUUCCUGGCAUCCUGGAAAUCCGCAAGCAGGUGGAACGCGUGUUCCCCUUCAAUGACGCAUGCCAGUGGUUCAUCGACCGCGCAGACAUCAUCUUCCUGGUGUACGACCCUGCUAAGCUGGACGUAGGACCGGAGACCGAGGCCAUCCUGGACCAGCUCAAGGGCCGCGAGUACCAGACACGCAUCCUGCUCAACAAGGCGGACCAGGUGCGGCCGGAGGAGCUGAUGCGCGUGCAGGGCACGCUCAUCUGGAACAUCAGCCCGCUCAUGGCCAGCCCCGAGCCGCCGGUCAUGUACUCGGUGUCGCUGUGGUCGCGCCCCUACGAGGCGGGCGCGCCGACGCGCCUGCUGCAGGCGCAGGAGCGGGCCUUCCUGCGCGACCUGCGCACCGCCAUCGACCGUCGCGUCGAGAACAAGAUGGCCAGCGCGCGCCGCUUCGCUGUGCGCGUUCGCAACCACGCCAAGAUGGUGGACUGCUACCUGACCACCUACUACAACCACAAGGGCUUCUUCGGCAACAAGAAGGCGGUGAGCGACGACAUCAUCGAGCGGCCGCAGAACUACCACAUCUACGAGGGCCUCAGCACGCUCACCAACAUCUCCCGCUACGACUUGCCCGACCCCGACGUGUACCGUGACUUCUUCCGCCUCAACCCGCUCUACGACUUCCCGCUGCUCUCCUCCACCUGCACCUACUUCCGCGGCUGCCCCAUCAACCGGCUGGACAUCGCCAUCGCCUACGACCUGCCCGAGCUGGUGGGCAAGUACAAGAAGGCCGUGGACGAGGCGGCUUCGGCGGCGACGCCGACGCCCGGCCGAAGGGCGAGGGGCGGCCGAGCCGGGGCCGCACGAGUGACGCCGGCCGGGGCGGAGCCCCGCCACGCACCCCCGUCGCCGCCGCCGGCCGCCCUGCGCGCCCGGGCCAUGGGCCACGGGCGCCGGGGGCCCGAGCACGCGCCAAGCGCCGCGCCGCACACCGCUGCCCCGGCCGCGCGCUCCGGCCCCUCGCUAGUAUCAAAAUGUCAAAUAUAUUUUACUCCUCUUUUGUGUGUAAAUCAUUUC